AUGGGACUCCCACCGACCGCGAGACCAGUAGCUGGCGGCCGCAAGGGGGACGGGCCUGAGCUGGGCGCAGGCAUGUUCAUCUUGCCGGGCCUGGUGUUCAUCGAGGAGCCCGUUACGGCCGCGGGCGGCGUCAGGGGCUCCGACGCCAUCACGCGCGAGUUCGAUGCCACGUACGGCGCCGGCAACGGCGAGGCGGUCAGCGUCGCCCAGGCCACGGCGCCGUUUGCGAGGCGCAUCGUGCCGCUGCUCCAGAUGAUGCCGCGGCCAGAGGGCAUGCCGCCGCAGAAUGCGCCACCUUUGAGUAGCAUCGGUGUCAUCGAAAAGUGGCUGAAGAGGGAGUAUGUGGUUGAUGGUGAGAAAGGGUCCAAGAUAACGGUGGAGGGCGUCUGGCUGGGCGGCGAGACGAUCACGCCGGCGCUCUGCAACCAUGUCUGGACGUGGAGGGACCAGAUGACCCCGGCGGCCGUGUUCAAUACGGCAUACUACGAGGAGGAUUUCGUGAAGCAAGUUAUGGAGAUCAGGCACCAGUCGCAGAUCCAGAGGCAUUACGUAUAA